AUGGGUGGUGGAUUAGGAAGGUGGGAGGUGGUGAAUCAAGUAGAUGACAGGUUCUGGAUCAGGAAAGUGAGAGGUUGUGAAUCAAGUAGGUGGCAUGUAGUGGAUCGGGGAGCUACGAGGUGGUGGAUCAGGAAGGUGAGAGGUGGUGGAUUUGGUAGGGAAGACCAGUUGAAUCAAGUAAUUUAUGAAAGUGACAUUCGUCAUUAUCAACAUCGGUGUUAUUUGCCCAAUUUGCAACGCUGCGAAAUCAAUAUGGCCGCUAUCACAAUGCACGUUGUGUCUUGCAGUGAGGUCCAUUACGAUAACGCGACAGAGAAUCUGAACAUGUCUCAUGUGUCCUUGUUCAUUGAAGAACUUUUUAUAAACUACGAUAGAAGACUGACACCUACAUUCAGUGAAGAGACGCCUACAACAGUAAUAUGCGAUGUGUUUGUCAGUAAUAUCGGUUCGAUCUCCGAGUCAACAAUGAAUUGGUUUGACCAUCGCCUCCGUCACCCUCAAAACCGAAAAAUCCCGACAAGCAGCGCCCUCCUCGAAAGGAUCUGGGUGCCGGAUUUGUUUUUCGCCAACGAAAAAGAGGGCAUACAGCAUCAACUGACGGUUGAAAACAAGUUACUGAGAGUUUCCCAUGACGGGGAGGUUAUUUUAAGUCAGAGAUUGAGUCUAAGACUGAAUUGUAAUAUGCAUUUACAACAUUUCCCGAUGGACGAGCAAGUUUGUGAUAUGGCAAUGGAAAGCUUUGGCUACACGAGCGAUCAACUUAUUUUCAUAUGGCGUAAUGACAUGGCCAAAGCUGUGCAGGUAGAUGAUACCCUCACCUUGCCACAGUUCGAAUUAUACCAUACGAACACGAAGCGAUGUGACAAGGUAUACUGGACAGUUGAAUUAAAACCAUGCCAUAAACCGUAUAAUAACAAUGGUAUUAAUUAUGACCAGGAAGGAAGAGGGUCUGGGUUUUGGAAGUUGAGGAAUUUUACGUGCAUCGCUGUAUCAUUCCAUUUUGUGCGACAAAUUGGUUACUACAUGCUUAAUACAUAUAUCCCGACAUUCGCUCUCGUCCUCCUAUCGUGGGUCUCAUUCUGGAUGCGACCUGAUGCGGCUCCAGCACGAGUCAGCUUGGGUGUGACGGUCAUUCUAACGACGACCACGCUGGCAAUUGGUGUAAGGGGGUCAUUUGCCAAGGUGUCUUACAUAACGGCGAUAGAUGUUUGGAUGACCAGUUGUCUUAUAUUUGUUAUAUCAACUACGAUAGAAUUUGCUAUUGUGAAUUUUCUGUAUCAUAUAUGUAAAGGAAUUCCGUCAAAACGACAACCGUGUGCAAGUCACGCCAAUCGUCGACGGAGUAUGGCGCAUUAUAGCUGCGGAGAAUCGAAUGGUGUCGGGACAGGAUCCAUAUUCUCUCAAUCCAAUGAAGUUCGCCGUCGGUCUGAUGGGUUCGCUGAGACCCGACUAAUGACAAAAUUGCCCGAGGAGAAACAGAAUGACGACAAAGUCGCGUCCAACCAGCACUUAGCGCUAAGGGUGGACAACAUAUCCAAAUUGUUGUUCCCUAUUUCAUUCGCCCUAUUCAACCUGGUAUAUUGGGCUACAUUUUUUGUGUGA